AUGGCGCCGCGUCCGCGCCCGCUCCUCCCCCUUCUCCUCCUCCUCGCCGUCGCCGUGGCCCUCUCCCCACUUGCGGCCGCGCAGCCGCAGCGGAACAUCCAGACGACGUUCCCCUCCACCCGCACGCCGGCCUUCGCCACCCCGCCGCCGGCGAUCGUACCCCCGUCCCCGUCACCCGUCACCGCCCCGCCGCCGCCGCCCUCGUCGUCGUCCGUGAAGCGCAGCGACAUCGCGGUGGCGGUGGUGAGCACGGCGCUCAGCAGCUUCGCCGUCUCGGGCCUCGCCUUCUUCCUCUUCAUCCGCCACGGGAGGAAGAAGGAGCUGACGACGGCCGGGGGCGGGAAUGGGUAUCCUAACCAGCCGCUGGAGGGCGCCUUCGCCGGGAAGCGGCCGGAGAGGGAGCCGAGGCGGCCCCCGCGAGGCGGGGGCGGCUUCGGCAUGGUGGACGAGAACGGUCUCGACGCGAUAUACUGGAGGGAGUUCGAAAAGGACGGCGAAGGCGGCGGCAGAGGGAGGAAGCCUACGGGGAGCAGGCGCCCCCCGCAGCCGCCUCCGCCCCGGCAGCAACAGCAGCAGCACUGGCGCGCGGAGAUGUGGCCGGAGCCCCAGCAGUCGUCAUCGCCGCCGUCCCCGCCGCGACGGUCCAGGAGGAACAAGAUAGAUCAGGAGCCGCUCAUCCCGGUGGGCUCCCUGGACUCCGCGUCCGCCGUGUUCGACGACUCGCUGCACCCGCCCAGCUCCGGCUCCAGCUCGUCCUUCUCCGUGUCCGCGCGUCCUCCGCCGCCGCCGACCCCGGCAGUCGCUGUCAGCUCCGUGCCCCGCCCGCCUCCGCGGCCUGCACCUGCCGCCUCGCCAAGCGCAUCGCCUGGGCUGCCGCCACCGCCUGGGAGAGCAAGCCCGCCACCUGCGCCACCCAUGGUCGCUGCCUCUGUCGCGUCGCCUACACCGCCACCUCCAAAACCAGCAGCCGCAUCGCCGCCACCACCGACCAAGGGCCCACCUCCGCCGCCACCUCCCAGAGGUGGCCCGCCUCCACCGCCACCGCCCAAAGGCCCAUCCCCUCCGCCGCCUCCGCCACCAGGAGGAAAGAAAGGAGGGCCGCCUCCGCCACCUCCAAAGGGUGGGGCAUCGGCGUCCUCUUCUAGGCCGCCAACAGCGCCGGGCAUGCCAUCCGGGGCCGGCGAGCAGCAGGCGAAGCUGAAGCCGCUGCAUUGGGACAAGGUCAAUGUGCAGUCCACCGACCACUCCAUGGUGUGGGACAAGAUCACCGGUGGUUCAUUCAACUUGGACGAGGGCAUCAUCGAGGCUCUAUUCGGCACUGCAGCAGCAAACCGCAAGCCGAAAUCGGCAGACUCCAAGGAAUCCGCCGGAUCGUCGGCCCUCGGGCGCUCAAACACGCCAGAGCAAAUAUUCCUGCUCGAGCCGCGCAAGUCGCACAAUAUUUCUAUCAUCCUGAAGUCCCUCACGGUGGGGUGGGAUGAAAUAAUCGACACCCUCCGGGAUGGGCACACAGAACUCAGCACUGAGGUCCUGGAGAAGCUUUCGCGGCUCCACAUCUCUAAAGAAGAAGAGUCCACCAUCUUGAAGUUCUCUGGGAACCCCGACAGGCUUGCCCCUACGGAGGCCUUCCUCCUCCGCCUCCUCCUUGACGUGCCCAAUCCGAUUGCGCGCGUCAAUGCGCUGCUUUUCAAGGUGAACUAUGGUGCUGAGGUUGCGCAGCUCAAGCACUCGCUUCGGACGUUGGAAUUGGCAAGCCAGGAGCUGAGGACAAAGGGCCUGUUCUUCAAGCUGCUCGAGGCCGUGCUCAAGGCAGGAAACAGGAUGAAUGCUGGAACAGCACGUGGCAACGCGCAGGCCUUCAACCUUACAGCGCUCCGCAAGCUCUCUGAUGUGAAGAGCACUGAUGGGAGCACCACGUUGCUGCACUUCGUCGUUGAGGAGGUUGUUCGCUCUGAGGGAAAGCGGCUUGCCAUCAAUCGUAACCACAGCAUCCGCCGCUCAGGCAGUCUCGCAAGGUCUGGCCACGAGGGAGGCAGUUCAGCAGCAGGCUUUGCAAGCCAGGGGCCAUCACGGGAGGAAAGGCAGAACGAAUACAUGAACUUGGGGCUACCAAUUGUUGGUGGUCUCAGCACAGAGUUUGCCAACGUGAAGAGAGCCGCACUGGUCGACUACGAUGCAGUUGUCAGCGAGUGUGCCAUUCUAGACAGCCGACUCAAUGAGAUCAAGAGGCUUUUGGAGACCUGCAGCGAUGAUGGAUUUGCGAGGGGGUUGCGAGGAUUUGAGAAGGCUGCAGAACAGGAGCUGAAGGCACUAAGAAGGGAGCAGGAAAGAGUACUUGAGCUGGUCCAGAAGACAACAGAGUACUACCAUGCCGGUGCCACCAAGGAACGGAACGCACAUCCCCUUCAGCUGUUCAUCGUAGUGAGGGACUUCCUGGGUACGGUUGAUCAGGCAUGUGUGGACAUCAAGAGGAAAGUGCAGCAGAAGAAACCAGCACCGUCGUCAUCGCAGCCAAACACAGCUGCUGCCCCCACGGUGGCGACUGCGGCCACAACAGCAGCGACAGCGUCAGCGACCGAUGGUCAAGCAGCACCAGCUCAGAAACCACCAGAAGAGGCAGAUAUCAAAAGGAAGAGGGUCAUGCCAAGAUUUCCAAACCUACCAGCGCACUUCAUGAAGGAUAGUGCAGAUUCUGAUUCAAGUAGUGACGAGGAAUAG